AUGAUGAUAGGCUCGUUGCCCACUCUGGCCGUAGGACUGUGUCUGCUUCUCCAUUCGAGCCACAGCUGCAAGCUCUCUUGGUUCUUCGAGCCCAUCUCCAUGCUGGGUUACUCCAGUGACGAAAGCAGACUCAACAUCACCGGCUGGAUCGAUCGAGUCAAGCGCGGCGAGUUCGCCUUUUCGGCCAUUAUAGACUUCAAGUACGAGAUGGAUAACACCACCAUGAUUGAGGGCAUCGCCCACAGAAGUGCCUCUGGCGACGAAAGCGACUACAAGAAGCUGCCCCUCAACAUCCCCAAGCAGCCCUACACCGACUUCAUGAACACCCACUACAAGGAGCUGGUGGUCCCGAACCUGGGCUACUGCUCCAACAUCGUCCAGUUCGAGGACAAGUUCCAGCCCCCCUGGCCCCAGAGGGUCUACACCUUCAACAAGUGCGUCUCCAGGUGCGUUGGCUUCCCGGAACUGUUUCCCGAGGGCUUCUACAGGCUCGUCAUGAACUUUUCGAGUCCCGUGGACUGGGGCUUCAAAGUCGUGAUUAAGAUUAUCAAUAAACUGUACUAG